AUCGUUAGUGACACUUCAACGUGUCGCCGCCACAUUGCCUUUCGGCAUCCGGACGCCUAUCGACAAUGGUGCAAAACUAACAACUUCGAGUCGAUGCUACCUCAAUAUGUCAAGGAACGCAAAACAGCAGCCGCAGUGCUGAACGCGCAGCAAACAAGUCUUGACAGACACCUCCAAGAGAUUCCCCCCAACAACGUAGUUAUACCUUAUACCGAUACACACUUCCAUGAGGCUGCCAUUGAAUGGCUCGUAUCUACUAGCCAGCCAAUCCAAGCUGUAGAUCAUCCGAGCUUCAAGAACAUGAUCAACAUAGCAUCCCGUGCUACGAAUGGCGUGGUCCUACCAAAUCGAAACGCUACGCGCCGCGACAUCAUGGACUUGUUCAAGACACAGCUUACAAAGUUAAAGGGCCGGCUCAAUGUAAGUUUUCGUUUUGUCUGA